UUUUUAUUUGCUAAAUAGGUACAUUGAUGGUGUAGAGGCUAUUGUAAAUGCUGUGUUUUUAACACAGUUUUUAUGCAGUGCCACACUCUUCUGUCUCACGGGUUUCCAACUCACGGUGAUUUUGAAAGAACAACAACUUGCAAGAUUUCUUAAUAUGAUGGAAUUGUUAGGUGCAGCCAUAUUUGAAAUGGGAAUGUUUUGUUACUUUGCAAAUAGAGUGAUGGAUGAAGGUAUCAAUGUUGGAAAGGCGGCUUAUGAGUCUCAGUGGUAUUAUGUUUCCAAAGAUUAUGGAAUAUCAGUAAGCAUAAUUAUGGCUCGCUGUACCCGCCCACCAAAAAUAACAUUUGGAAAAUUUGCUGAUCUUACGAUGGAGAACUUCGCUUCAGUUUUGCAGAUUUCAUAUUCAUAUUUUACUCUUCUCACCAGACUCAAUGAAUGAAGUAAGUGUUGACUGUAGAAAAGUAAUCACUAUCCUGUACCUGCACUAGCGGACUGAGUGGUUUCUCUAAUGUUUAGAGAUGCUCACUUCUUAACACAAUAUUCAUUUCAGUGUUUCAUUUUAGCAAGAGGACUCAGUACAUGUAGUUAUUUUCCUUAUAGAUGAAGAAAGAAAGAGAGAGAAAACAGUCACCUUAAAAUUUUCUUUUCUUCUGAUUCCUGUAACCUUAUAACAACUUCACUGAUGAAACACUACAGCUGACGACAUACAGUAUUUUUUUAAAUUAUUACUCACCCGAUAAUGAAUGAACUCUGCCAUACUCAAACUAUCAGCUCAGAUGUCAAUGAGUAAGUAACAUUUCUGUAGUGCAAUACCUUUUUUCCCAUUGGACUUUGCUAUGUAUAUAACCCUGUGUAUUUUCAUCUGCAUAUAAUUUGAAACAAAAAGUAGCAAGCAUAAAACUGUUUAUUUAUUGUAUU